AUGUCGUCUCAAAUUAACGGUCCUCCAGCCUUGUCAUUUUCACCUUGCAGCGUUAAAGAUUUAAAGAAGGCCUUCCAAGAAGGAGUUGGUCAAUGCCUUACUAAUAAGCCAUCAAUCCCUAAACCUAAACCGGUUUGCGGCAACGGAAUCGUCGAAAAAGAUGAACAAUGCGAAUGUGCAUCAAAAAUGAAAUGU